UCUCCAGCUGCCAAUCCAAAUCGUUCUGCAGCGGGCCAGUCUGCGUAUCCUGGGGAGAAAGGCUGUUUAUUUCUCCUCAGCUGCUGGACCAGGAGAGAUUCCUCCGGACCGAGGCUCCGAGAAACCAUGCUUUACGUUUGGCCUCUGCUUUUUGUUUUAAUGUGGAAUGGGCCUGGGCUGGUUGCUGCUGAUCCUGUCAUUGUGCUCCGAGGCAGCUCAGAGCUAAAUCCAUGGUGUGAUGACCACAGUACUAUCCAUAGGCGCUUAGAUGCUAUUGAGGAGCAGAUGGAAAAAACCGUUGAUCAUCUGGAAUCUGAAGUCGAGUCAAUACUCAACACUGUAAGUGAAACUGCAUGGAAUGUUCCUCUUGCUCCCGGGACUCCCCUGAUGGAUCUCUUUGGAGAUACCAACUGAGCUGCAAGACGAAGGAUAAAAGCAUGGACUGUAAACAUGUAUACAACCCACCGGAAUAAUUCAUCCAAUUUGCGCUUCAUAAGCUUGAUUCAUAAGCUUUUAAACCCAGCUGGUAUAGUUAAGCUUGGAACAGACAGUGUUUCGCAAUACGUUCUUCUGAGAUGUUGAGUAAAAUUCAAUACAAAACUGAAAGAUAAAAUUAGCUCAGGAAGAAACUCAUUCUCUCAAAUAGGUGACUGACAUGGAGAAUUAACGACACCUACAUUGUUUAAAAUGAUUCAAAAGGAAUCUCAUCAAAAACCCCAGAAAAGGAAAGGUAGUUACAGGACCCACUAUAUGAAGUCUUUCUUCAUAUAGUACUUGCUGUAACUGAAAAUGUUAGAGCCAAGCUAAGUCAAUUCUAAUUUGAUUAGUCAGACACUCUGUUAAUUGACUGGCUAAAUACUGACAAUAUUUUUGGAUCACCCCUGCACUCAAUGAAUGCUCAAGGCGAUGUACAAUAGAAAGCAUUUAAAUCAUUUGUACAGUAAAAAAGGAAAAGAAAAAGACAGAAUUAUGCUAGUUACAAAAAAGCAAAACCCACACGUCCAUCAUGCCAGCAUCUUUCUAGCGUCUUUACAAAGCACCAUUCCAGAUCAUGUGGUGGCUCCACCUCCUUGUCCACACAGCCCAUAGUGGUAGCCUGGACUACUGAGCCAGUAUGACUUGGGCCAAUGUGAUGCUGUCUUGUGCGUGUUGUCUUCAGUCUUCCCUCUGAAUCCUUCCUCAGAUGCUAGUUCAGCCUUACUCAAGCUGGUACCAUCCAGUGUUUUGGACUAGUACUCCAAGAAUUCUUGACCAUUGGCUAUGCUGGCUGCUGAUGGGAGUUGAAGUCCAAAACAUCUGGAUGGCACCAGAUUGAGCAAGGCUGUGGUGUGGAUUGACUGGGAAGGAAAGGAGAUAGAAACUUUCUGGAGUUGCCACACAGGUAUAACCUGCUCCUAAAUGAGGUAUGUGUACAUAUGUGUGGCCCCGAUUGCUGUAAGGCUGGGGAGCAAGAGAGGGGGUUCACUCCUGACCUUGCUAAUCCAUGAUGCAAUAAAAAGGGGAGACUUGGGGAACGCCCAAUCAGCAUGGGCAUUGGAUGGGGACGAUGGAAGUGGCAGUCCAAAGCAUCUGGAGGGCACAAGGUUGGGGAAGGCCACAGUACGUAAUGUUUGGCCUGUCAACGGAACCAACCCUAGUGAGAACAGCAACUCAGAAGGAAGUACAUGGAAGUUGGAAGUACAAGUCGGAAGUACAAGCUUCAG